UGGAAUUGUAUUUUAGUUUAUAAGGGUUUUUUAAAUUAUAUUUUUUAUUUAUUUAUAAAUCGUUGUUUGUCUACGCGUUCCCUAAGGAGCCUCAAGAGACGUGCUUUAUCCGAUGUUCCUGUAAAAACUAAUAUAGAUGCAGAAUUAGAAGUGGCAGCAUUAGAUACAUGGGGCAUCGCUCUAUUUAGAAGUUUCUGGGCUUGGUUCUCCCUUACAAAGUCAGGAAGUUGGGCAAAUAAUGGUAAAAUGGCACAAUUUAUUAAAAAUCAAGACAGAAGAGGUCCUCCAUCUCACGUGCGAUCACUGUUCAAAAACAUUCGCCAAGAAGUAUCAGCUUCUCUAUCACUUGAAAACCGUCCAUAAGGACGCGUCGCCUUUCGAGUGCUCCGAGUGCCAUAAAACAUACAAAUUCCGCGAGAAACUCGAGCAACACUUGGCGAAACACCAACGGAGCCCUAAGGCUCCGAACAGGGAGGCCUUCGGGUGUGACAUUUGCCACAAGACACUCUACAGUAAACAAGGCCUGAUCGCGCACACGAAGAGACACAUGAAACUUUACAGCAUCAAAUGCGACACGUGUGGCAAAGGCUUCUUCGGCCAGAACAGCCUCAGGUUGCACAUAAACUCCAAACACUCCGGCAAAUCCGAGUUUAUUUGCGGCAUAUGCUUCAGGCCGUGUUACGACAAGGGCUCCCUGAAGAACCACAUAGAAAAACACCGGGCGGAAUACAAAACCCGUCUGAAAGUGAAAUGCGAGGAGUGCGGCCAGGAGUUCCUCGACCAAAAGUACCUAAAGAUCCAUAUGGCGAAGAAGCACAACAUGGACAACCGGUUCGUGUGCGACCUCUGCGGCAAAAAGUUGUACUCCAAGAGCGGCCUCGCUGACCACAUGAACAUCCAUCAGGGUCUCAAGCCGCACAAGUGUGAAUUCUGCGGAACCGGUUUCGCUAACUCCACGACCUUAAGGUUGCACGUGCGAAGACACACCGGGGAGCGGCCUUACAAGUGCACCAUGUGUGAGAAGGCUUUUAUCCAGAGUCACAGCCUCAAGGCCCACCUGAGGCUGCACAGUGGCGAAAGACCUUUCUGUUGCAGCUUGUGCGGUAAAGGCUGUAUCACUAGCAAUGCCUUGAGGCAACACAUGAGGAGCACCCACAAGGUCGAUGAUGUGGUUUAAUCGUUUUUUUUGGCAAAGUUAAAGGCACGUCUAAAAACCCGGUUUUUAGACGUCCCUUUAACUUUACCGGACCCCGUUCUUUUUUUAUCAUUGUGUACAUUGUUAUAUUUUUAUAAUAAAUUUUAAAGACUAAA